UUAAUCAGGGUUACAAUGUGUUACAACACGAUAGAGGUCACAUCCGGGUUUAUUUUCAGCUACCGCUGAAGUUCGCAGUUUCACUUGCUAUGUCUGCUACCGUGAGCUAAGUUAAAGAAAUACGGUCCUUUAACUCUCAAGGACAGUGUCUCAACUUGUGCAGCUUAACGGCCGUUGUGUACCAGAGAGGAUAAAACAUGUUUUCUUUGUCAAUGACAGUCCAACCACAGGUGACUGUACCUCUUAGCCACCUCAUCAAUGUCCUCCACUCUAUGAAGAGCGCAGUGGGAAGCAGCAGCAGCAGCAGUGCCCCCUGCAAAUCAAGAAAACACAAGGAGCACGCGUCAGACUCAGAGCUACACCACACAGAGCCCACGUGGAACCUGCGUGAGCUCGGCCUAUCAGACCUGGGAGCACAGCAGCUGGAUGAGCUGGUGAGCAGUGUGUUCCCACGCCUGAGUCCACAGGAGACGCCACCUCGAUCGGGUGGACAGACGGCCUGGAGGACCUCGCAUCUUUCUACACACUCCUUUUACUACAAUAAGCAUGGCUUCUCGUGGGCUGCCAUGCCUUAUUCCAGGCAGCACCCCUCUCCUCUUCAGUCUGCCUGCACAGAGCUUCAACACUGGCCUGCGUGGGUUCCAAACAGAGGCUUUAAAACUUUAAAGAGCAAAACCAGACGACUGCAGUCAGCCGCCGACCACUCCCUGGACCCUGAAGGAUUCACGCCGUCUUUUAUGAAGGGAUUCCUAACACGGGACAAGGGGAUAGAAGUUGAAAAUCUCGACGGUCUGGUUAAGAACAAGAGCGUACCCGAGGGGCAGCAGGAUGCGUUCAAGAGGGGCUUCGCUGAGGGUUUCAUGAAAGCUCAAGUCUUGACACAACGCACACAAGACUCUCUCAGGAGGACUCGUCUAAUCCUGCUGGUGCUGCUUCUUGUUGGGAUCUAUGGAAUCUCCAAGACCCCCUUCAUAUCGGUACGGUUCCGAACCACAUCAGGCCUGGACUCUGCUGUGGACCCCGUCCAGAUGAAGAAUGUGACGUUUGAGCACGUCAAAGGGGUAGAAGAAGCUAAGAACGAGCUGCAGGAAGUAGUGGAGUUCCUGAAAAACCCAGAUAAGUUCACAGCCUUGGGAGGAAAGCUGCCAAAAGGUGUUCUACUGGUUGGUCCUCCGGGGACCGGGAAGACUCUCCUGGCCAGAGCUGUGGCAGGAGAGGCCGAUGUACCGUUCUACUACGCCUCCGGGUCCGAAUUUGACGAGAUGUUUGUUGGAGUGGGAGCCAGCCGCAUCCGGAACCUUUUCAGGGAGGCUAAAGGCAACGCUCCCUGUGUGGUCUUCAUUGAUGAACUGGACAGUGUGGGAGGGAAAAGGAUUGAGUCUCCCAUGCACCCUUACUCCAGACAGACUAUCAACCAACUACUUGCAGAGAUGGACGGGUUUAAACCAAAUGAAGGCGUGAUCAUCAUUGGAGCAACCAACUUCCCAGAAGCUUUGGAUAAUGCCCUGAUCCGCCCAGGACGUUUUGACAUGCAGGUGACUGUACCCAAACCAGACGUGAAAGGACGCACAGAGAUCAUCAACUGGUAUCUGAAGAAGAUUAAAGUGGAUCCAGCUAUUGAGGCCAUUAUCAUUGCCCGGGGCACAGUGGGCUUCUCUGGCGCUGACCUGGAAAAUCUGGUCAACCAGGCUGCCCUGAAGGCAGCAGUUGAUGGCAAGGACAUGGUCACCCUGAAGGAGCUGGAGUUUGCGAAAGACAAAAUCCUCAUGGGCCCUGAGAGAAGAAGUGCAGAAAUAGACAAGAAAAACAAGCUCAUCACAGCGUACCACGAAUCGGGCCAUGCCAUCGUGGCUUACUACACCAAAGAUGCCAUGCCCAUUAACAAGGCCACCAUCAUGCCCAGAGGCCACAGUCUGGGACAUGUGUCCAUGCUCCCAGAGAGUGAUCGCUGGAGUGAGACUCGCUCUCAGCUGCUGGCCCAGAUGGACGUCAGCAUGGGCGGCCGGGUAGCAGAGGAGAUUAUAUUUGGCAAUGAGUUCAUAACAACCGGUGCAUCAAGCGACUUCGAUGGUGCCACGAAGAUUGCUAAAAUGAUGGUGACCAGAUUUGGAAUGUGUGGAAAGUUGGGUGUGAUGACCUACACUGACAUGACAGCCCAGAGCCCGGAGACACAAGCAGCUGUGGAGCAUGAAAUCAGAGUAUUAUUGAAGGAGUCGUAUGAGCGUGCCAAAGCCCUGCUGAAGUCUCAUACCAAGGAGCACAAAUACCUAGCAGAUGCUCUGCUCAUGUAUGAGACUCUGGAUGCCAAAGAGAUUCAGCUGGUCCUGGAGGGCAAGGCCCUGGAGGCCAGAUGAAACUGCGAAGCACAGCAACAAUCAAGAGGGUAGCAACAGGGCGGAAGGGGGUCAGGUUUGUAGAGCUCAGGGGUCGUGGAAGGAGGGACGCACUCAAUUCAUGAGCAGUGAAUAAGUGCUCAUGUGGGACUAUGUCAUAUCCUCACGCUGUGCCCUUCGUGUAAUCUCGUCAAUAUUCCCAGAUAGGUAGUUCUGUCAUGUGGCACUUAAACAAAGCUUCCCUGUGUCACAUGUUAAAUGUGAAGUAUGUUGCUCAGGUCACUCAAUCAGUUGCUGGGAGGAAAUAAUACAUGAAUGUAAUUAUGCACCUCAAACAGAAGAGCAGCAUGAUACAUAGUGUUAAUUGUUGAAAGAGGAGUUGAAAUCUGUUUGAAAUCUGUUGAGCCAGGUCUGUUUGGACCCGUCGAUGGGAAAUGCUGAUCUUUAGCCCAAAGAGCUGCCGUGCAAUCGUAAUAAAACUUUAACUAAAUCUCAACUCCUAUUUGUCACUUUUCCUCCAGGGUUUGUGUUCAUAUGUUAUUUUUCUAGUAUACGUCUUCCAGGCCAGGUGACACUCUCUACUUCUUCUGUUAAAUAAGCUCCAAGAAGUGUCGCAAUGUCGUGCUGCUCUUUGACUUUCCAUCUGAGGAUCACGUGUAUGUAUCUACACUCGCCUCUCCCCCUCUGCAUAUGUCCCUGUUACUUAUCUUGAAUGGUGGCCUUUUGGGGAAUGUACUGUUAGAUGUAGCAAAUAAAGGUGAACUCGGCACUUUGGGCAAUGCAGGUGUAAGAAUUGAAAAUGCACUUGUGCUCUCUUCAUGUAAUUUUAUUGCAUUCAUGCUGCGUGUACAGACGGAACAAUUACUGAUGCUCGGCCUCAAAGCAUGCAACAAAUACAAACUGUGUUCAUCUUGUGAUCUUUAGGAUUUCUGGCCUAAUUUAUUUAAGUAGUCCGAGUUUGGCUUCUGAAAAAGACUCAUCAGAAUAUCAGCAUUUUCUUGAAAAUGCAAAUGAAUUUGUGAAAGACUCUAAUAUUUAGAUUAUUCAGACAAACAACAAGGCCAGUUAUCAGUUAUUGUUCGCUGGUGUCUCCUUUGUCAUUAUAUCAAAGCAGAGAUAUUUCUCACAUCUCGUGCUCUCUACCUUUCUGUUUCCACACAUUGUGUGCAGUGGAAGAAAGAUGCCAAUCUUCAAUGCCUACUGGCUCUCUGUAUAAAGGACGUUAAGAUGUCUAAUUGUAAAGUGAAAAUCUUGGUAGAAACAUGCAGUUAUGCUUCUUAAAAUGUUCCAAUUUUCAAGUGAAUUUUCAGCAGCAGUGUAUGAAAUCCAUAUUUUAUCUCUUUUAAACAUUUUAUUGAAAGUGUAACUCAUGUUAAGAUUACCACCAGCAUAUGUGCUUCAUGUUGUUACCUUUUCAGUUUUUCAUUGGAAUUGAGACGCCAUUCCUUCAGUUUAUUGGCCUUUUAUCCAUGUUUAGCUGUAUAUAUAUGAUUGGGAUGUAACGGGAACAUUGUAUAUAGAUGUAUAGUGAUGCUUUUAUGCUGAGAACUGUUGAUGAAUGGCUCUCUGCUGUUGAUUGACGAAAUCUCUCAACAAUGCGAUGGAUGUGGUUAAUGAAUGUUUGUUGAGCUGAGAUAAAUAAAAAGAAGCCCAAAUAAAAA